AUGAAUAUUAAGGAAGAAAAAAUAAAACUAAUUCUCUAAUUUUUAAGAUAAUAUAAAUAUGAUCAUAGUUUUUAGAAAUUAUAGGAACAAUCAUAAAUUCAAUUAGAUCCUUAAAGUUUAGAAUUAAUAACUCAAUCAAUAAAAAAUUAUGAUAUAAAAUAAUUAGAAUACAUUUUGAAUCAAUAUGUAGAUGAAAGUACAAAAUAAUAAUGCAUUUUGAAAGUAUUAGAAUAACAAUAUAUUAAAUUACUUAAAUUACAUAAUGUUUAGGAAGCAAUCUAAUUGUUGAGAAAUGAAAUGACUAAAUUUUGUUAAGGUACAAUUCUUAAAAUUAAUAUUUAGAUGAAGAAUAAAAGUAUCAAUAUGCUUCAAUGAUUUAUAUACCAGAACUUAAAGUCAAAUAAGAACAAGAAUUAAUAGAUGAAAUUAUAUAAUUAUGUUAUAAAUAAAUUGGAUUAAUUGAACCUAAUAGAUUAGUGACCAUAAUUUAAUAAUAGUAAGCAAAAUAAAUUUUAGAUUGUCAUUUUCAUAAUAAAUUAGAAUAAAAUUACAAUAUUAUUGAAAAACAUUCUUGUAAUUUUAAACUCAAUAUAAUCAAACAUAAGAAAAAUAUUAGAUUUUGCAUAUUUUCAUUGAAUGGUUAAUAUAAAGCAUUAGUUCAUAGUCUCUAAAUUUAUUUAUAUUAAAUUGAUAACUUAACUAAAGAAUACUAAUAAAAGCCAAAAAAAAUAUAAACAGGUCAAACUGGUAAAAUAACAUCAAUUAUAUUCUCACCUUGCAAUAAAUAUAUUGGAACAUCAUCUGAAGAUUUUACAGUUUUUAUAUAUAAUAUUUAAACAGAUAAAAAAUAUAAACUUGAGGGUCAUAAUGCUAUAGUUUAAUCUUUUAACUUUGUUUUAUGUAAUUAAUAAAAGAAAAAAUAAAAAAAUGAAUAUGAUAUUUAUACUAUUUCAUAAGAUGGAUGGCUUUAUGAAUGGAAUGAAAAUGAAAGGAAAGGAGGAUUAAAAAUUGAAGAGAAAUUGCUUAAAUUACAUACUCAUUAAUAAAAAGAACUUAUGUUAUUAACAAGUCAAAAUAAGAUUAGUCUUUAUGAAUUAUAUACAAAAAAAUAAAUCUCUUAAAUUUCCAAUACUAAAAAUAAUUAGAAUUCAAUUGUAGAUAAACCUUUUAAUUUUAUUUUAAUACUUAUAAGUGACAUAAUAUCAGAAUUACAUUUAUAUUCAAUAUCAGACUUAUUAUUGAUCAAAGUAUUCCAACCUACUUCUUGUCUAAAUACUCUAAUUCCUCAAUUAGAUUUUGGAUGGCUCAAUAGUAAUUUAAUAGCUGCUGCAACUACCACAGGAGAUUUACUUAUUUGGCAUAUUUAGAAAUCAAGUUAACCUAUUGAAACAAUUUAAGUAAUUAAAUAUUUUAAUUUAGGGAUCUGAAUACAAAAAUGAAAUAUCUUGUUUAAAGUUUCAUCCUAUAAAAAAUUAACUAUAUGUUUAUUAAUAAAAAGAUUUGAUAAGGCAAUCAACUUAAUAAUAGUCAACAACUGAAGAAAUUUAAGCUUAAUUUUUAUAAUAAAGAUAAUAAUUUCAAAGACAUUCAUGGGGGAUGCAUCAGAUGUUAAAUUUUUUAUCGAGAAUUUCUAGGUAAGAUUAAAUAGGUAGCAAUCAAUCAUCAAUGUAAGAGGAAGAUAAAGGAAGUAGUGAUGACGAUAUGUGA